CUGCACCUUUCCCCUCUCACAGGUGGAGAAUGAGGCAUCAGGGGAGGACUGUCGGCUGGGCAGGAGGGAGGGACGUCCUUUUUCUGGGGUCACAGCCUGUGUGGACUUCUGUGCUCACGCUCACAAGGACACUAGCAACAUGAACAAUGGCAGCACCGUGGUUUGCACUUUAACCAAGGAAGAUAACCGUGCAGUGCGUAACAUACCAGAAGAUGAGCAGCUCCACGUGCUGCCACUUUACAAGAUCUCCGACAGAGAUGAGUUUGGUCAGGUUGAGGGCCAGUGGGCCAAGAUCCAAAGUGGUGCACUGCAAGUUCUGUCUGCCUUUCCCCGAGAGGUUCGUCUGCUGGCUGAACCGGUGAAAUCAGCCCGUAAGAUUAGGCAAGAAGCUCGUCAGAAGGCUCAAGCAGAACGGAUGGAGAAGAAGCUCGGCCUGACUCCUCUCACUCCAGGGAAAGUAAAAGUUGAAACCCCCAACAAAGAGCCACAAGGCUACUACAGCGCUUACAGACUACCACCCAGACCUGCCAGUGUUGGAAGGUACCCACCUGAAAGGAAUCAACCCAGCACUUACAGCCAGAGCACCAGCAACUACCCCACUCCAGGUGCAGGGGUCGCCCCACAGAGGGAGGUCAUCUCGCCCAACCACCACGGCCUGCCGGGCCUCCAGUUUGGACAGAAUGGCUCAGCUCUCACUUAUAAGACAAUGAGUGACACCAUGAAUGGUUAUUCUCCAGCAUCUGGUAACCAGAGCAUUCUGUCAGAACAUAUACCUCCACACAACACCCUUAGAGACUACCCCAGUCCUUUUAAAACUGAGCCCAACGAGGUGCACUGCUCUCCUCUGCGCAGACUCUCCCCCAGUGCUCCUCCUCCCUCCUCUUUCUCCCCCAGACCUACCUCUGAGGGCCUCUUCAGCAGGCUCAACGGACUCCACAGGGCUGCAGAAGAUGUCGCAGCAGAGGUCAGGGAUCAUGGCCUCCCUCCGGUCGCAUCUCUCGCUCUUCCCCUACAAGCUCCCCCAAUUGAACCGGAGGAAGUUAAGCAGGAAGAGGUGUGGUCGGACAGCGAGCACAACUUUCUGGACCACGAAAUAGGCGGAGUCGCCGUGGCACCAUCGCAUGGCUCCAUCCUAAUCGAGUGCGCGCGGCGGGAGCUCCACGCCACCACCCCGAUCCUCAGGCCCAACCGCAGCCACCCCACCCGCAUCUCCCUGGUCUUCUACCAGCACAAGUCCCUGAAUGAGCCAGGCCACGGAAUGGCUAUGUGGGACGCCAAAAUGGCCAAGCGGGAACGGGAUCGGGAGGAGGAGGCCGAGAGGUUAAGGAUGGAGGGCAGCCUGGGGAAAAAUGCUGGAGGGGCGGAGGGAGAGGAGGAUGCAGGUGAGGACGCAGAAGAGACGAGGAGGAAUAUGAAUGUCCCCACACGUCAGGCAUGGACUCUCCCGAGGGAUGGCGUCAUCACCGUGUCCCCUUAUGCUCUUACCCAAGUGACGGGCCCUUACAACCGCUGGACUUAGUCAGCAUGUUUUACACCUAAACACACACGAACACACACACACACACACACCCACAGAAACUCCUACACCCUGUGCUUCUGCCUUACCUCAAUCAACUUCAAACUGCUACUCUCAUUUUUAUGUCGUUUUCAUUGUGCUUUUCUAAUAUCUGUUAACUUUGUCCUUCUUCGUCUCUGCCUUCGAAGUGAUGGGGAAGACCAAAGUUUGUUGGCUUUUUAACUGUGAGUUUCGGUGUUGGUUUUUAUUGUAUAGAGAUGGUGCUUUGAAGCAUUUAAAGACGUUUUUAAACUGGUUUUAUAUACAUGAUAACGAACAAAAAAGAUGUGAUUAUUUAUUCUGAUCAUAACGAUUUCUAUUUAAUUUCUGGUGUAAGCCUGUUUACUGCAAGAUUUCUAUGAUAACCUGCAUUAUGUGUUGACGCUCAGAAUUUAUGUUGUACAGUAGGACUAUACUUUUUUUUUUUUUUUUUUAAUUUCAGCCAAUAGUUCUCUUUUCAUGAGAUGAAUCUGAUUGGCUUUUACAUUGGUGCCAUUCUCACUGUAAUCUUUGUUAACUCAUUACAUCACAUAAUGUAGAAUACAAGACUAAUAUUGUGCGUAUAUUUACUACAGAUUGUCACAUGUAGCAUUGUGCUUUUCCUUCUGCUGCCUCUGACUUCCGUUGGUGGUUGAUGAAAGAACUGUACGUCUUUGGUUUCUUGUUUUGUUUUUUUUCUCUACAUCUGGAUGGUUUGUCUUUUAUUCACAGAUAUGUAUGGCAUAUUAAGAAGCACUUUUUUUUAUUUUCCUAAACCUAACUUGAAAAAGGUCCCAGUCCAUAGGCCUAAAUAUGUAUGUACAGACAGAGAUAUAUAUGACAGUUUAACAUGAACCCUGUUUUAUUUUUACAGUAUUUCUGCAUUUGUUUGCUUUUCACUCAUUUGAUCGAAAACGGCAUACAUAUCAAAUGAAACUUAAUGAGGAAUCAUGAAAUGCUGCAUUAGUGAAGUGCUUGUCAUUAGUGGCACUUAACUUUUGUUCAGCUUCUGGAAAAGAAAUUCAAAAGUCUUUCAGAGGGAACAAGUGUGAUCAUAGGAAUUCAAAAACUUACUGUACAUUUUAAUGGUGCUAACGAAACCUCUGUUUGUUUUUUACAGAAACCACAAAGUGUCACAUUAUGUCAAACAGAAUAUUGCCAGCUUUGAUGUCCAUACUCUGGAUUUGAAUAUAAAAAAAAAAAAAAACUGUGUUAGCCACUGCUGAAUAGUCAAACUAUUUCCUCUGCUGCCUCCUCCUCCUCUUUCCUCUUGUUGUAAAACCACUCAAACAUCAGAUCCCACUCAGACAAUUGCCUAAGACGAUUUCGGGUGCUCGACCCUCGUGAAGACUUUGUUUACAGAACUUUCUUACAGGGUCUGAAUAAAGGGGUUGCUGUCAACUCCUGGUGAAUCAGGAUUUUUAGUCUGUUUUUUUGUUACCCAUGAAAGAAAAGCUCUUCAUUUUUAAGAACACAUUAAUAAAAUUUUUAGCACAACCGGUAAAGACCUUUCACUGAUAUUCACACUAACGCUGAUGGCAUAAACAUGUUUGCCUUUUUUUUUUUUUUUUUUUUUUUAAACACAUUCUUUGACUUGCUUUUGGUGCUAAUAGGACAAGAUGUCAAGGUACACACAUUGACUUAACCUGCUUAUUUACUUACAUAACAGUGAUGGCAUGGUGCUUUUUCAAACUCAGCACUCACUGAUCUGUUGUAGGAUUCAAUGCAAAGGUAGUUUUUAUCAUUUCUCUGGAACGUUACUUACUUGACAACAGACUGAGAUGCAUUAGCUGCGAUGUUUGUCGAGCGCGAGUACAGGAAAAAAAAAAGAAAAAAAACAGGCAAAUUACUGUGCAGAUGUCCAUGUAGAGUUCAGAUGUCUUCCACGGAUAACCCAGCUCUCCAAUAGUUCUCAAAAAUCACAACAUACAUGCAAGAGAAAUGAAUGUAAACAAUUUUUAAAUCUGUUGAUUUAGAAAGAAUAUUUUCAAACAUCACAUGACAAAAUUACUGUUGUAAAUGUUUCUUUCGAUUUACUGUGGCUGACUUUUUCAGUCCACGUUGAACAUGUUUGUAUCAAUAAGGAACUAACAAAGAGCACCAGCAUUCAAAAAACUGAAAAAAAAACAAAAAAAAACUUUUAUUAGUAGAAAAUGUGUAAAUAUGUAUGUGAACCACAUUGUUUUUACUGUAUUGUUAAUGGUGUUUAGACAAUGGGUGAUCUUGCUUAUUUUGAAACUGAAUUACUGUAUGUUGCUGCAAAUAUAUCCAGUUUAGACUUGAGAAGAGACUAAAUUUAGCAUUCCUUUUAUGGAUGGCUGAUCUCUUUCGGGAUUGUGAAAUAAAGUCAUAUUUAUAUUUUGGACCUGA